AUCAGGAGAACGUUCCUAACUGGCAUAGACAGAGCAAAUUUCAGCAGAAGUAAAGGAAUAGAAGUGAAGCGAAGCUGAAUUUCAUUCCAGGAUGAAGAUCCUCCUCAUCGUCACUCUCUACCUGAUCUCAGGUCCAGUAGACUGCUUUGAUGUGACUGGAUUCUCAGGAGGAAGUGUCAUUAUAACCUCUGAUAUACAAUGGAAUCCAAGCCAUACUAAAUAUAUUUGUAAGAUGGGACAAAGCGAUUGCAAUGAUAUAAUACGUUUCCACAGCUCAAGUAUACAUGUUCAGUACAAAAGAUUCUUGCUGUAUAGAAAUGCAGGAGGAGUUUUCUUAGUGUUGAUCAGAAAGCUGAAGCCACAGGAUGCUGGAACAUACAGAUUUGGAGUGGAGGAUCAGAGGAACUACACUGUGAGCCUGACAGUUCGUAAUGAUGCAUCUUGUGGGGCGUCAAAAAUAAUGAAUGCUAACCUUGAUCAGAAUUUAACUAUCACCUGUAACUAUCCAGGGGAGUAUGAAAAAAACAACAAGUAUGUCAUCGCAAUGGAUGAUGAGGCUCAUGUCGCACGCAUUGUUGAUACUCAAACAACAUCUGAGAACAGCAGAUUCUCCAUUUUUGAUGACAGAAGUGCUAAAGUUAUCAGUGUGAACAUCAGCAAUGUGAGAGAAACUGAUGGAAUAUUUUAUUUAUUUGGAGUGUGGAACAAAUUAGGGUAUUACUGCUACUUUGCAGAGAUUCAGCUGCAUGUAACAGGAACCUACAUGACAACAUCAGCACCACCAAGUGAAAUCUCAUCUGGUGCAGGAUGUUCCAGUUCCACCGCCAUCGCCAGUGUGUGUGUCUGUGUGGUUCUGCUGCUGAUUGGAGGAUUUGCACUGAUCAUCUACAAACUGAGAUGCAAGAGAACACAAGCCAGUACAAGUUUCAGCACUUUCCUUCAAGAGGAAACAGAAUAAACACGAGUGUGAUCGACAAAACCAUAGUGAUCAUAAAUCCAUGCCCAUCUGGUAACAGCUGCAGAUUAUUAUUAUUAUUAUUAUUAUUAUUAUUAUUAUUAUUAUUAUUAUUAUUAUUAAUAGUAGUAGUGGUAGUAGCCGUAGUGCUUAACAAUUUACUCUUCAUGGAAUGAUCCUACUGUGCUUUAAUGUGGUUCCUUAUUAGAAAUGCUUUUUGAGUUUCAAUAUGAUUCUGCCUCCAACUUCCACCAGCCAAGAUUAUCUUUUUGUUUUAUUAAAUUUUUUAAGGAGCGCUAUAUUCUAAACAAUGAAUAAAUGAUGAUAAUAGAUGUAUACUGUAUGUGAAUGAAAAUCUCUUGUAAAUCAGGUUUGGAAACUGAC